ACCUCGUUCUGCAUCCACCGCCUUUGUUAACCUUUCCCUCGUACGAGAGAACUUGCACUCACCACCGUUCUUCAUCCAAGCUUCUGCUACUUGUGUUGCACUACCCACUACAAUUCUCCACAUUCGAUAUCUCUAGUUACGCCACGAUGGCCACUCAGACUUCACCCUCGCUCGCUGGCUUUGAUGCCUUCAUGGUCAAGGACAUUGGUGCCCCCACAUGGGAGGACUGUAAUGCGAGCUCCGUCGGCGGGGCCACCACGUCCGAUGAGCAGUUCCCUACCGACAAACGCCACAGUCCCCACUACUGGACCUACACCCCUCCGAAAGAAUCAUCGCGCUUCGCUUUCGCGCAGAAGCCCGUGCGACGCACCACGGCCAACGACAUCUUCCAGUGGCCACCUCCCUCAUCUUCGCCCCCCUUCCGUUUUGACCCCUUUGGUGACAGCGAGGAACCAACGACCACACCCAUCCAUUUCACACUGGCCCCGGUUCGUAAGAGCCCUUACACCCCCCUCGCAUUGUACGACACCGGCAACACCAUCUCCCUCCCCGCUAUGCCACUCUGGUUAGCCGAUGAUCCUAGCCUUGCGAAUGAGACCGUUGAGUGGCCGAGCCCGAUGGCACAACCACAAACAUCACAGAAAGAGCCAUUGCUAACAGAGAGGCCAACACCUUUCUGCCCUCUGGCUCACUCUGCGACGCUUGUGGUGUCACAGUCGAGUGUGGCAACGGCCCCAUCACUCUAUGAGGACAAAGACGACUUCGUCCUCCGUGCGCUCCGCCUCCCUUGGUUGGAGGAUGGCUUCAUCGAUGGCGAUGAGCUCACUUCGCCAUCCACUCCCUUGUCCACACCCCUGCUCUCGCCUUUGACACUCGCAGACGACGAUGAGGACCUCCCUAUACUGGAGAAGGGAGUGGAGUUGAGGGGAUUUGAGGAGCCAUCCCCUCUUGCCCGUGACCGUUUAUACCUGACAGGGUGGUAGUCGUUUUGCAGAACACUGGCAGUACCCGGAAGAGAAGGACAUUGUACUUAGCUAGUUUUCAUUUUCUUGAAUCGCCUCGUCUUGUACUACAUAUAUAGCUCCGUGAAUAUCAAAUGCCUUUGUAUCGUG